AUGUCGAUGGGGCUGGAGAUCGGCGGGGUGGCCUUGUCGGGGCUGGGGUGGGUGGGCAGCAUACUCUGUUGCACGGUCAAGUGGAGGGUGACGGCCUUCAUCGGCAACAACAUUGUGACGGCCCAGAUCAUCUGGGAAGGUCUGUGGAUGAACUGCGUGGUGCAGAGCACGGGGCAGAUGCAGUGCAAGGUCUACGCCUCCAUGCUGGCCCUGCCGCAGGACCUGCAAGCUGCCCGCGCCCUCCUGGUGGUGGCCAUCGUCUUGGCCAUCCUGGGUUUACUGGUGGCCAUCGUGGGUGCCCAGUGCACCCGCUGCGUGGAGGACGAGAGCACCAAAGCCAAGAUCACCAUCGUCUCUGGUGUCAUCUUCCUCCUCUCCGGC